CACCAUCACUAAAUACUUUAAAAAAUGGAAUAAAAGCAUCAUUGCGCAUUUUCUAACAGAAGCAAAAAAGAGAAACAUUAAUGGUGCGAUUGCCGCCCUCGUACGAUUACAUUUUCAUCCCCCGCAGCCCAGACCAGCCGAAAUGCAAGCCUCGAAUGCAUAGGAAACCCUUGUGUUACACAAAACAUAAUGGCAUUCGAUACAAACAGUUUCAGAUGAUGCUAUGAGGUGUCAGAGAAUCGUGAUUGGCGAUAUGAGCUGCAUUUGCUUCUGCUGGCAAAAAAAAGUCUCGCAUCCAUGCUCCCGCAGGCCACCAGUAUUUAAAAAUUCACUUAUCACCGGGAAAAACUACACAUCAUGUGUCAAAAGAUUGACGAGAACGGCAACAAAGUACAACAGCAGAGUGAAAGCUGCUGCAUGCAAACUCCAGCAACGUUUACCAGAUCUGCAAAUGGUUCUAUAGAUUACUCUCGAUAUCACGUCGAGGCAUUCCCCAUCCCUGCACAAGAAUCAGAAUACGACUAUGAUCACCGCCGAACAAUGACAAUCCAAUCCCAGCAACGUCAAUGGCCUCAGGAUAUCUGGGUUUACAGUCCAUCUGGCCGACAGCUGUACCAGCCUGUGUUGAUGUUUGAGAUUGAGACGGAGACGACUGUUCAGGAUGGCAAGACGGAGACGAACAGGCAUGCUUCUAAGAGCUGUUCAGCGUGAUGGGAUUUUUUGUUAGGGGGGAAUGGAUGGGAAAAUGGGAGGGUAUGGAGUACACGAGGAGUUGGGGGUCUGUUAGGACAUCGCCAAUUGAUUGGGAUUUAUUCUGCAUUUCGACAAAAAUACAAAAAAGAAACAAGGGCUUUCUACGUCUGUACCAUUGGGGUCACUGUACUAGCAUGGCGAACACGAUUGAUCAGAAACAAUACAUCGCAUAUUUAUUCCCCAGCAUCAAUUCUCUAUCUAUCAUUCACAUCUAGUCAAUUCAUGCAAUGCAAUCAACACCCAAACUUCCACUCAACAUCGCAG